AGAAGUACAUUUGCGGUCAGUGGAUAAAACUUUCUAUGGUCGAAAACGAAAAGUUGAUUUCAAGAAAUCCCUUUUUUGAAAAGUACAAAAUACCCGGAAUUGUCGGUUGUAUAGAUGAAACACAUAUAAAAAUAAUACAGCCACCUGAUGAUGAGCAUUUAUAUUUUAACCGAAAGGGAUAUAUGCAAAUACGGGCCGUAGAAGCACGGUAUCCCGGUUCAAGUUAUGAUGCUUUCAUCUGGGGUAUGAGUCACGCUAAGCAAUAUUUCCGUACACAAUAUGAGAGUGGACAGCGCUCAUUGAGGUUGCUGGGCGAUUGCGGCUAUGGAAUUGAACCGUUUUUAUUAACACCAUAUAGAGAUCCACAGUUUAACUCCAACGAGUAUAAAUUCAAUAUAGCACAUAGGGCUGCUCGGAAUAUUGUGGAACGAACAAUCGGAGUUUUAAAAAGCCGUUUUCGCUGUUUAAUGUGUACAUUACAUUAUCGCCCUGAAAAAGUUGUUAAAAUUGUAAACGUCUGUUGUGCGUUACACAACAACUGCAGGCGUUACAACAGUGAACACAAUAAAGAAGUUGUAUUUCUUGCAAAUGAAACUAAUGAGGACAAUUGUUUCCCAUCUGAUAAUGGUUCAAUGGGACGUGGAGGGUAUAUCGUCGACAUCUUUUUGCCUGUUAGAUGCAUUAGAAAGUAA